CGCCGGAACCUGGAAUCCCGGCUCCGGGAGGGAAGGCGGGCAGGCGGCGCGGCGGCCUCUUUUGCGGCUCCGCGCGCAGCCAUGAGCGAGCCUGGAGCCAGUGCGCUCCCGCCGGGCAGGCCCAGCAGACACGGGAGCGUCCACCAAGGAGUGCAGCAGGGCCCGGAGGAGACGGCUCGCACCGCUGCGUGUGAUGUGUGCCGGGGGCGGAGCGUGCAAGACGGCCUCUUCUCGGCGGUGCCCGAGAACCUCUCUCUGGACUCCAGUAGCUUCUCCUCGCCGCCCGUGAACUUCCUUCAAGAAUUGCCAAGCUACCGGUCGGUGGCACGGAGGAGGACGACCAUCCCGGCCCGGGACAAGCAGAGCGGUGCUCUGCUGAAGCCGACGGACUCCUACAGCUCCCACGUGGAGGGAGGCAUAGCCGAGAACCUCAGCAGCCAGUCCCUUCGGAAGUACGCCCUGAACAUUUCUGAGAAGCGGAGGCUCAGGUCUGUAGCCACGUGCAAGG